AUGGCCUGGGGUGGUUGGUGGAGCGGGGCGUGGUCUUCCGACGGCGACUGGCGGUCCUCCGCCUGGGCCUCCGACAGCGGUUGGCGGAGCGCCUGGCGGUGGCCCUCCGCCUCGAGCAGCAGGGCCGCUGCCGCGGAGGCGGAGGCGGAGGCGCACGCCGCGGCUCCAUGGCGCGACGAGGGGGGGGGCCAUGGUGCAGCCGAGCGCGCCGGCCCCUCCCAGAGCGUUCCGCCGUGGGAAGCCAAGGGUUUCGCUUCGGCGAGGCACAAGCGGGGCGGCAAGAAUCGGGAGAGCAAGGUGAAGUGGCGGCUGAAGCACUGGUUCGGGGGCGCGCGCCAGGGGCUCCCAGAGCAGCCGGGCCCGCCGCUGCCAGAGGAGCCGCCCACGCCUGGACCGUCCGAGGCCGAGCAGUCCAUGGAGCUGGAGCUGGCGAGCCGCGCGCCGCCGCGCGCGGAGGAGCAGGGGCGGUUUCCCAUCGCUGGCCGAGCACUGCUUCUUUCCGCCAUCAACGAGCGGAUCGAG